CACCACCACCAUCCCGCACAUCGUCCUCUGCCCAUCCCACAGCCUUCCCCCCUCAGUCUCCGAAUUGCCCUGCCCGUGCAGGCCGCUGCUCGAGCGUCGUCCAAGGCGGAGCCCCCAAUAGACGCUGUCCUUCUUUGAGCCAUAGCCGUGAUUGGCGUACCAUUGUCGACACAGCUUUGGGCGGCAAACCCGAAACAGAGGCCAGCUCUUGGGCUCGUAGACUCGGACACGCAUCCUCUCUGCCCGCCUGCCUCAGGCCCCGCAAGCCGUUGCUCCCCUCGACGCCCCCUCGCUCGCCCCCCGCGCCCGGCGCAAACCGCCCGCCAUGGCCGAGUCAGCCUUCAAGCAGAAGACGAUGAAGAGGAAGAACGUCAAGGGCCUCGCCCUCAGCGCCCCCGCCCCCAAGCCCGCCCCCUCGGCGCGCGACGCCCAGAUACCCGGCGCGCGCGCCAACGACGAGAAGCAGGACACGCUCGAGAUUGGCGUCGAGUUCCAGCUGGACCUCAAGGCUGAGGACCUGAUAGUGCUGCGCGAACUGGGCUCGGGCAACGGAGGAACCGUCAGCAAGGUGCAGCACGCCGCCACAAAGGUCAUAAUGGCGAGGAAGGUCAUACACGUCGAGGCAAAGAACGAGGUGCGGAAGCGCAUUGUGCGGGAGCUCCGCAUCAUGCACGACUGCAACUCGGAUUACAUUGUCGACUUUUACGGCGCCUUUCAAAACUCGUCGGGCGACGUCAUCAUGUGCAUGGAGUACAUGGAUGUCGGCUCGCUCGACUGGGUCUCGCGAACAUUUGGUCCAGUGCGCGUCGACGUGCUCGGAAAGAUUUCCGAAGCCGUGCUCGGCGGCCUCGCCUACCUGUACAGCGCCCACCGCAUCAUGCAUCGUGACCUGAAACCCUCAAACAUUCUCGUAAACUCAAAGGGCAACAUCAAGCUGUGCGACUUUGGCGUGUCGAGCGAGCUCGAGGGCUCCAUUGCCGAGACGUUUGUGGGAACUGGCACAUACAUGGCUCCCGAGCGGAUACAGGGAUCGCCAUACACGGUCAAGUCCGAUGUGUGGAGUGUUGGUCUUACGCUGAUGGAGCUCGCCAUUGGCAAGUUCCCCUUUGCUGGCAGCGGCGACGACGACGAAGCUGGGGGUCCUCAGGGUAUUCUCGACCUGUUGCAGCAGAUUGUGCUGGAGCCUUCGCCCAAGCUGCCCAAGAGCGACGCCUUCCCGUCCAUCCUCGAAGACAUGAUUGCAAAGUGCUUGAUGAAGGACCCAGCAGAGCGACCUACUCCCAAGGAACUCUACGACCACGAUGCCUUCCUCCAAGCUGCCAAACGCACUCCCGUCGACCUGGAGGCCUGGGCCAUAUCCAUGAUUGAGCACAACAAGCGCAAAUCCCACCUUGCGCCCGCCGCACCAGCCGCAACCAUCAAAGAAAAGCUCCGCGAGCGUUCGCCCCCUUCCAAGCGCGAUUCAAACGACCCCAGACAAAGAGUUGCAAACGGCGACCCCGAACCAGCGCCGCGCAGACCCUCAUAUCCCAGCCGAUCCUCGAGCAGUAACAAUGUCAUGAACUUGCCCAUGCGCCCCGCUCCUUCGCUAGACAGCCCUGGCAGCAGACCUGGCAGCAGGGGGCCUUCUGCAAAUGGAUUGCCCUCGCAACCUAGACGGUGGAACGGCGAGGUACAAUAAACAUGGUUCGUUGGAGACAAUGGCAUGUGGAGAAAGUCUGAGCAAUCUAAGAGAGAUUGGGUAUAUAGAGCAAGAUCACUUGUUGUUUCUUAUUUCACCACAAAGGAGAAGAAAGGUUUGGUAGGAAGUAUGGAGGUUUUGUAGGUUAGUUUUUGUCAAGUCUGUUGUAUAUGUUUGAAUCAUC